GUUGAUGACUUGUACCUGAUUGCAAUAGCUCAUCAGAGAGACAUCAAGAGUGUUCGAGACCUGACGUCGGAGCACCUGCCUCUACUGCAGAACAUCAUGCAGAAAGGAAAGGAGGCCAUCCUGCAGCACUACAGCCUUCCAGGCAGCAAACUGCGGGUCUACCUGCACUACCAGCCCUCCUACUACCACCUGCAUGUCCACUUCACCAAACUUGGCUAUGAGGUGCCAGGCUGUGGUGUGGAACGCGCUCACCUCCUUUCAGAUGUCAUCCAGAACCUCCAGUCGAACCCAAAUUUCUACAAAAGCCGGACACUGAGCUUCCCCCUGAGGGCAGAUGAUGGGCUGCUUGGCAGAUUCAAGGAGGCAGGAAGGCUGUGAAAGCUGAAAAAAGUCUUUAUGUGUCGGAAAACAUCCAGAAAUGUGUUUC